AUGACCAUGGCUAACCAGACAACAGUGACCGAGUUUAUUUUCCUGGGGCUGUCCAGUGACCCACAGAUGCAGAAGUUCCUCUUCGUGGUGUUUCUACUUAUUUACCUGACCACCCUAGGGGGCAAUGGGGCGAUCAUGUUGGUAACACAGGCUGAUCCCCACCUGGGGUCCCCCAUGUACUUCCUCCUCUCCCAUUUGUCCUUCUCAGAUAUCUGCUUCUCCUCAGCCAUCGUGCCGAAGAUGCUGGAGACCCUCCUGUCGGAGCGGAAAACCAUUUCUGUCAGCAGCUGCAUUGCCCAGAUGUUCUUCCUCCUCCUGUCAGGGUGCAGCGAGGUGUUCAUUCUCUCUGCGAUGGCUUACGAUCGAUAUGCCGCCAUCUGUGACCCACUGCAUUAUGUGACAACUAUGAACAAACGUGUCUGCUGUCAGCUGGUGGCCAGUGCAUGGCUGAUCGGAUCUUUGUAUGCCCUCAGCAAUGUAAUCCCUUUGUCAGCCUUAUAUUUGUGUGGGCCCAACACCAUUCACCAUUUCAUCUGUGAGCUGCCCUCCCUGGUGGCUCUGUCCUGCUCAGAGACCUUCACAAGCAACACGGUGUUUCUCACCUCUGCCAUGGUGAUUGGUCUGGUCUCAUUCUCCUCCACUCUGGGCUCCUACAUUCAAAUCAUUGGCACCAUCCUGAGGAUACGCUCUGCUGAGGGCAGGCGUAAAGCCUUCUCCACCUGCAGCUCUCACCUCAUUGUGGUGGGUCUAUGCUACGGAGCAGGCUUGUUUAGGUAUUUCAGACCCAACUCGGCCUCCUCGGUGCUGCUGGAUGUUCUGGUGUCCAUCCAGUACAGCAUCUUAACGCCCAUGUUAAACCCAAUCAUCUACAGCCUGAACAACAAGGAAGUGAAGGCAGCUCUGAGGAGACUCUUGUGGGCAAAGAACCAUCCGGCUCCUGGGUAA